AUGUCCGGUGGGAAAUUUACUGCGCUGAUCCAGAAGUACGAGACGGCGCUUCGGGCAGCUAAGGACGAAGCCUUUGUGUUGCGGCGAGAGCGGGAGAUGGCCAAGGAUGUCGAUACAAUGGUGGCUGAUUUGCAGCAGGAUAAACUGGUGCUUGAGUCGAAGGUCGCGGCGCUGAACAGGGAGAUAGUGAAGACUCUCGGACUCCAGGAGGUAGCAGACAAGCUGAGGGCUCAAGUGAGUGAUCUGGAGGAGAAGCGCGUCGGGAUGCAGAGGCUUCUGCUGCUGAGAUGGAGCGUCUCCGACGGUCUCGUCGAGAAUCGGUCGAGGCGGCUGUGA